CGAUGGCAGUGUCGCCAGGAUAAUGAAGACUUCCACGGGCUUGAGAGGAUACAGGAAAGACGCGAAGGCGCGCGUGGCGGCGGGCGUCGGCCCCUCACACAGCCCUGGUAGCUAAUCAAGGCCCCUCUGGAGGACACCGGCUGCGCGGGAGACAUGGACAACUGGUUGGUGGCGGCCGCGCUGAACGGGAUGGACCGACGGAGCCUGCAGCGCUCUGCGAGGCUGGGUCAAGAAGUGCUGGAGCGCGCCAAGAGACGGGCGGUGAACUGGCAUUCUCGGGAGUUGCCCGCGGGCAGUUUGGGGGUCCUUUCCCGCGAGCGGUCCCACCGAGAGAGCCGGCCCGCAGCCGCCUUCCAGCGCCCUCUCGCGGGAGAGAGAGAAGAAAAACGCCCAACCCUCAGUGCUUCCUUCAGAACAAUGGCUGAAUUCAUGGACUAUACUUCAAGCCAGUGCGGGAAAUAUUAUUUGUCUGUGCCAGAAGAAGGAGGGGCAACCCAUGUCCACCGUUAUCACAGAGGGAAGUCAGAGGAGCACUUGUGUUCAGACAUAAGGAAUGGUCAUCAGAGAAAAGACCCAUCUUUUGACCUUGGAAACAUCUAUCAACCAUCUGAGUGUACUCCUGAGGCAUCCCAGCCCACUGAGACCAUCUCUAAGGACCUCUACAUAGAAGUAUAUCCAGGGACCUACUCUGUCACCGUGUGUUCAAAAGGUUUAACUGGAAAGACUCAUGUGGUGGCAGUGGACUCAGGCCAGAGUGUGGACUUGGUCUUCCCUGCCUGAUGUUGCUCAGCAUGGCCGUCCUGUGACCUGUUUUCAAAUAGCAAGAAUAAGCCGCCUUUUCUGCUCUUCCUUACACAGCAAUCCUGCUCAGUGCCAACUCUUGAUGGUCAGCCUUCCUGGGAACGGAAUCUUGUCUUUGUCAAAAGUGCCUAUUUUAACUUAAAAGUGUAGAAGCAACCCCCAUCCUUCUUGUCCGAAAGUAAUAAUGUAAUGAUACUGUCUGUGCAGUUCUCACUGCUUGCUUUUUAAGGAAAGGUUAAUUAUGGUAAUAAAGGGAGAGAUUUGGAAAUGAAGAAAAUUUUUUUUAUUGGUAUUGAAGGGAAAUAAAAUGUCACUCAGGUACAACUGUAAGUUUUAUGAAAAUAAUGGCAGGAAACUUGUGGACACGUGUGCCCACUGCAGGCCAGCAUGCACUGUAGCUUCUGUGGAAGAGGACCUCAGGCCGACCUCUCUGAUCUGUGGUGAGGCCUGAGUGCUGGCUACAUGUUCCUAUGUCUCUUACAUAUGCAGGCAGGUGUUUUCCUGCUCUCAGAUGUGAGGAAGUCUUGAUGUUGCUUUUUACUCGUUGGUCACCUGUGCCCAGAGCUCUUAUCUCCAUGAAAGAAGGUCAUGCCAGUCACUUUAACUCCUCAGUAGUUCCCCCCCUUUCAUUUUUAGCAUCAAAACCAAGUAC